AGGCGUAUUCAUGUUCCAACCAGUAUGCUGACUUCCCUGGAAGGGGCUUUGUUCCCGACAGUUCAUUCUGUUUACCAUCACGAACCGCGUGGCUGGAAGCAUAAAACUCUCAUGUCUCCCUUCUAUUGUCGGCUUUCCCUCAGAUUCCCUCCCAUCUCGAUCGCUUCCCCGAAAAGUCUCUUGCUUGCUUGUUUCGUGGUGCGUCGGAUGCUCUACCAGCUCACCGGCGAUCGUCCAUUUUGAUGUGUAUCUCUCGCGUAGAGCGUUACGAAAGCCGAAUAAUAAUCAAAGCGCUGGUCUGGACGAAAGCCAGAGGUUACUCCGCAUCGGUCGCAGUUGAAGUUUCCUCCAACGCUAUCGGCAUCUUGCAUUGGCUGCUUUACUCUCGUUUACUGCGGACUGUUAUUAAAGACCCUUCGCUGCUGGGCCUUCCAGCCAAGCUAUGUCUCUGACGGAUGGCACGUACUACGGACCGGUCGACGAAAGUCCCCAAGAUAUCUUUCUUGAGAAAACAUUCUUAGCAAGCGGGUACUUAACGGGUGUUGGCUAUGGUGUACAACUCGUACUGUACGGCGCUUGCGUUAAGAAGCUGUGGCGGCGAAAACCCCGGAUACGCUUUACACUUUUCCUCAUCUCGUACAUCACUGUGCUCUGUAUUAUGAACACGAUAUGGACGGCGACUUCGGCGUAUGGUCUGCAGUUGACAUACAUCGACUAUCGGAAUUAUCCGGGAGGUUCUCUGGGCUUCUUACGGGUCGAAUUCUCGUUGCCCAGCAAUGUACUGUCAUUGGCAGCAUACAUCACUGGUAACAUCCUCGCAGACGCACUUUUGUUAUGGCGUUGUCGAGUGAUUUGGACAGCAGCUUUCAAUGUGACUGCCAAUUUCGUCAUGAUAAUACCAAUGUUAAUGCUUUUCGCAUCUUUCGCUGUUGCAGUCGUCUUCGCGAUAGAAACAGCCUCACCAGAAGGCCUCUUUUCUCAAACUACUACCAAUUUCGCCCUUCCUUAUUUCGCCAUCUCACUUUCCCUUAAUAUCAUCCUCACACUCCUUAUCGUCGGUCGAAUGUGGUUCUACCAACGAGAAGGCCGUGCCGUCUUUGGUCAAAGUUACGGCAAACAUUAUGCGUCUAUCUCGGCCAUGUUUAUUGAGAGCGCUGCUCUCUACGCUAUUUGCUCUAUCUUGCUUUUGGCCACCUAUGCUAUCCAACAUCCUAUCAACCAGAUAUGGUUCGGCCUCAGCCCGUCCGUACAGAUGAUUGCGAACUAUCUCAUCAUUUACCGUGUCGCCGAUGGUCGAGCAUGGUCUUCCGAGAUGUUUACUAAAGCCACAGGCGUAGUAUCCUCUAUAGCCUUCGAUUCCAAUGCUUCCUACAAUGAUACCCCUUCUCGGAAUAAUUCAGAGCCAACGACCACGACGGUUGUCUCGGAUUCGAGAGCGUACAGUGUCCCACUACAGACCUUGGGCAUAGUCGACGAUGGAGUUUCGUCAAGAAGUAAAGUGGACGAUUCGUCAAAAGUGUCCGUGGAGCGUUCGAGUGUACACACGAAAAGUAGGGUCAUAUCAUGGGUGCAGAAAGAGGAAGUCUGAGGCUUCUUCCAUUGCUCUGGUUUCCUAGUCGUGUCAUUGCUGAGUCUAUUCGUAUACCUUAAUUUUCCGACGUUAGACACUGUACUUUUAGUGUAGCAGUACGUUCUGAACCAAUCACAUUCCAGUCUUACC